CUCCUCCCGCUGGGGGGCGCGGCGGCGGCGGGGGCUAUGGCGGCGACCGCUGCAAACCCUGAGAUGGCAUCAGAUGUUUCAUCACUGAGUGCAGCCAUUGUGUCUGGAAACCCUGGACCCGGGCUUCAAGGUGGGGGAGCCAUUACUCAGAGGACUAUUAAACGUCGUCCAGGGCUUGAUUUUGAUGAUGAUGGUGAAGGAAACAGUAAAUUUUUGAGAUGUGAUGAUGAUCAGAUGCCUAAUGAUAAAGAGCGGUUUGCCAGGUCGGAUGAUGAGCAGAGUUCAGCGGAUAAAGAGAGACUUGCCAGGGAAAAUCAUAGUGAAAUUGAACGUCGACGGCGGAAUAAGAUGACAGCUUACAUCACAGAGCUAUCAGACAUGGUACCCACCUGCAGUGCCUUGGCUCGAAAACCAGACAAGUUGACCAUUUUACGCAUGGCUGUAUCUCACAUGAAAUCCCUGAGAGGAACCGGCAACACUUCUACUGAUGGCACUUAUAAGCCAUCCUUCCUCACUGACCAGGAGCUGAAACACUUAAUACUAGAGGCAGCAGAUGGUUUUCUGUUCAUUGUGUCGUGUGAGACAGGCAGAGUUGUAUAUGUCUCUGACUCGGUGACCCCUGUCUUGAACCAACCACAGUCUGAAUGGUUUGGCAGCACGCUUUAUGACCAGGUGCACCCUGAUGAUGUGGAUAAGCUCCGGGAGCAACUCUCCACCUCCGAAAAUGCUUUGACUGGUCGUAUUUUAGACCUGAAGACAGGGACAGUAAAGAAGGAGGGUCAGCAAUCUUCCAUGAGGAUGUGUAUGGGUUCAAGGAGGUCAUUUAUCUGCCGGAUGAGGUGUGGUAAUAGCUCUGUGGAUCCAGGUUCCAUGAACAGAUUGAGCUUUGUUAGGAACAGGUGCAGGAAUGGUCUUGGCUCUGUGAAGGAAGGAGAGCCUCACUUUGUGGUAGUCCAUUGCACAGGCUACAUCAAGGCCUGGCCCCCAGCAGGUGUCUCACUCCCAGAUGAUGACCCAGAGGCCAGCCAGGGAAGCAAGUUCUGCCUUGUGGCCAUAGGCAGAUUACAGGUAACCAGUUCUCCCAAUUGCACAGACAUGAACAAUGUCUGCCAGCCAACGGAAUUCAUCUCCCGCCACAACACUGAGGGUAUUUUUACUUUUGUGGACCAUCGCUGCAUAGCUACUGUGGGCUACCAGCCACAGGAGCUAUUGGGAAAGGAUAUUGUGGAAUUCUGCCAUCAUGAAGACCAGCAGCUCCUAAGAGAUAGUUUCCAACAGGUGGUGAAAUUAAAAGGCCAGGUUCUGUCUGUCAUGUUCCGGUUCCGGUCCAAGAACCAUGAGUGGCUCUGGAUGAGAACCAGCUCCUUUACCUUCCAGAACCCCUACUCAGAUGAGAUUGAGUACAUCAUCUGUACCAACACCAGCGUGAAGAACUCCAACCAAGAACAACGUCCUGCAUUGUCCAACUCAAUCCAGAGGUCACAGCUGGGUCCUGCAGCUAAUCUGCCCCUGGAGAUGGGUUCUGGGCAGCUGGCACCUAGGCAACAACAGCAAACAGAGCUUGAUGUAGUGACAGGAAGAGAGGGAUUGGCCAGCUAUAAUCAUUCACAGGUCUCAGUCCAGCCUGGGACAGCCACAGGCCCAGAUCAUAGCAAGUCCCUGGAGAAGUCAGAUGGCCUUUUUGGUCAGGACAGAGACCCAAGGUUUGCUGAGAUCUACCCCAACAUUAGUGCAGGUGUGUACCCUUCUACCCUUUUCUAG